GCACUUCCCUUUAAUACAAAACACAACAACCCAACAGCUGACGCGAAACAUGGCGGCGGUAAACACAGACUCCAGAGCCACCGGAGAGCAAAUUAAAGCCAUUUUACGCCGCUGCAGGGGCCGACCGAGGUUGACAGACGCGGACCGCGCUCAGCGGAGGCUUGAAUCGCGGAAAAAGUACGACGUUCGGCGGGUUUAUCUGGGAGAAGCGCAUCAGGUCUGGAGCGAGUUGCGCCGGCGCACGAGCCUCAGCGACGCAGGACUCGCAAAGUAUUUAAUCCUGCUCAAUUCUGCAUACGGAGAGAAAUACCGGCAGAAAUACGUCAGGAGGAAACCUCUUCAUGAACAGUACAGCACUCACAGAAAAGGGAAAAAAGUGUCUGCCACUAGUUUGGAGAAUGUGGUGAGCUGGUAUCAGAGUCACUGUCAGUCGUGUCCUAACGAGCCAGAGCUGCGGGAAGUAGAGCCCACUGUGGGUUUGUCCACGUCUGCUUUAUGGCAGUGUGCAGCUGGUCACUCCUUUGUGCAGUACCUACCCUGGCCUGCAGGGGGAGAGUCAGAGUCAGAUGUGGAGGACAGUGCUGUGGAGAAAGAAGAGGAGGAGGAGAGUGUUACAGAGAGGAAGAAGAAGACAACCGUUAUCAAUGAGAGAAACAACAACAAGAGGAAGAGGAGGAUACAAAACCAUCGAGACCUGCAGGAUGCAGGCAAUGAACUGGAAGAAGAAGACGAUGAUGACCCAGCGUCCCACAUGGGGCAUCAGAUGUCCUGCACGUCCCUCAAUGACCUCCCAGGAUCCCCUGCGGCCCACAGUCCUCCUGCAUCUGGAGCGUCUCCUGUGUGGGAGAUGGAGGCGCUCAUGGUCCCAGAAUCCCAGGCUGAGUCCAGUGAGAGAACCUCAGGAGGGAACGAUCCUGCAAAGCAGCAGAUGGACUGUUCGAGGACUUUAGAGAAGACGGAAGGUGGAGGAGCUGGGGUGACGCAGAGUUAUGAAUGUGUGGUGGUCGCUGCGCCCUUGACAGACCGAAAGGAGAGGGAUGAUGGAAAGCGUUCAUCCAGAGAGGUCGUCCCAUCGCUAGAGGCCGCCCCAGCACAGAACGAGCUGUUUGAGGGUCAGGAUCUGCAGACGGUCAUGGGUGGAUGUGAGCUGCAGGACUAGCGCUCCACACUGGAGGGAUCUCAGCUGAUCAUAAUUACAGGCCCCAGUUACGAGGCUCUGACGUCUGAAGGCAUUCAGCUGAAUGUGGGCGCCGCUGACGUCGAGGAGGUCACAUGUACUCUGAUUGGGGACAUGUCCUAUAAUCAGAUGUGCCCGUCUGGAGCUGCGUCACGUCCCAACGCCAGCACAGAUCUGGGUGACAAGCAUUUGUUGGAGCCCAGUGAAGAAACGCACUGUGCGAAGGAGCUCCAGCGAUCCCUCAGUAGGUCUAAGAGGAGCCGGCGGGGUCCAGUGAUCGAGGCGGACGGCAUGUUGAAGAUGUUUCACUGCCCGUAUGAAGGCUGCAGUCAGGUGUAUGUGGCCAUCAGCAGUUUCCAGAAUCAUGUGAAUCUGGUGCACAGGAAAGGCCGAACCAAAGUCUGUCCUCAUCCAGGCUGUGGGAAGAAGUUUUAUCUGUCCAACCAUCUUCAUCGACAUAUGAUCAUACACUCAGGUGUGCGGGAUUUUAUAUGUGAAACGUGUGGCAAGUCCUUCAAGCGCAAGAAUCAUUUAGAGGUGCACAGACGAACACACACCGGAGAGACACCAUUACAAUGUGAGAUAUGUGGGUAUCAGUGUCGGCAGCGGGCAUCGCUCAACUGGCACAUGAGGAAACACACGUCUGAAGCGCACUUUAACUACACGUGUGAACACUGCGGCAAACGCUUCGAAAAACUCGACAGCGUCAAAUUCCACAAGCUCAAAAGCCAUCCGGACAAACAGCCCAGCUGAAUCAAGCUAAAGGAGGAAUACAAGGUCACGCGUAUGUGAAAUGAACAGUGUUUCUUUCUUUUUGUGCACUUUUAAGUGCUUUUAUGGUAAAUCUUUUUUGUUACUAAUCAGGAUCUGAAACAUUCUUGAUGAAUAAUUGAAUAGAGGAUGUGCAAAAGAGACAUUGAUUAAAAGAUCAACAGUGUUUUUGUCUUUUAACUAUCCUUUUUUUAUUCCUGUGCUGGACACAGAAGAACAAAACUGUAAUUCUGCUGAAACUGUUUGAACAAACAUUCAUUUUCUAUUUGUAAUCCAAUAUCUGAAUCAUUAAAUCCAAAUCAGGGUGAUCAUAAUUAA